CAAGAUGGUGGUCCAGGUUAGACUUUGAACUAAAACCAGGUACCUGACCUAUGAAUCGGAGCAGUAUUCUUCCUAUGAGACACAUGUAUGGAAGGACCACAGAAACUCAUUGGUUUAAGUAUUGCAGCACGAAUGUGGGAACAAAUGAAGACCAAAAAUUUUAUGAUCAUGGUGCUUUUUGUAAUAGCGACCAGUAUUUCAAUAUGGUUGCUAGGGAGUCCGACACCUCAUUUAAAGACAUUUGUGUCAAAGACUCAACAAAAAAUAACUGAUAUAAGGAACAAUAUGAAAUCAUUGCCAAGUGGACCUGACUUUAGCGUUUUGGAUCAGACUUACUUGGAACAACUAGGGUUUUAUUCUGGUAGUAAAAUAUACCCUAAUACCACAGAGCCAAAUAUGGAGCUACCCAUGAUUGCAACAGCAGUAUCAUCAUCCUCAGAUUCAGUGAUGUUAAAGUUAAACAAGUUGUUAGACUCCGUUCAUAAAUAUUUUCCAUCUGCGAUGGUGACAGUUUUUGACUUACACCUUGAUCCCUGGGACCUUAAAACGUUAGAGAAACACUGCAACGCUUCAACUCAAUGUAUAGUAAAGACAUUUGAAUUUGACAAGUAUCCAAGCAUAGUAGGAACACUUGGAAAUAUGGCAUAUAAACCUAUAGCUAUACAGCUAAUUCUCAAAGAAUAUGGCGCUGUUAUAUGGGCCGAUUUGUCGGAAUAUUUUCUCAACAAUAAUAUAAAGAACAUUAUAAAAAUUGCGAAAACAUCAGGCCUCGCUGCUUGGACAAUUAAAGGAAACUACCCAACCACCACAUUGACUCACCAAAAAAUGUUUAGCUUUUUCAAAACAAAAGCUGAACUUUACAAGUUUCAUAAUAUGAUAGAUAGUGACCAUUUAAUAAUAUAUAACACUUACAGGAUGCAUAAGAAAGUCAUGUUACCAUGGGCUGAGUGUGCGAUGACUGAGGAUUGUAUAAGCCCAAUGGGAGCGCAAAAUGUGGGUUGCGAUUUUAAUAAGAAACCAAAAUAUAAGUACUCUAAUUGUCAUCGAUAUGCUACUUCAGCCUUAAACGUCAUCUUAGGACCUGUCUUUGACUACCAGCUUGUACACUAUAAAGUAGAUGAUAAAAUAUUUGGAAUCUUAAAGGAAUCUCUCAAUUCAACAGUGAAAUCUAGCUCUGAAGCAAAGAAUGCUGGUUCCUCUUGAAGAGCCUGAAUAUCUUUGUUUAAACAUCCAAGUUGAUUCUAGUCUGUGAGAUGUAGUCAAUUAAAACUUACAUUAAAAUACAGGGUUGAUUAGUUUGAAAGAAUUAUUGUACUAGUUUGAAAGAAUAAUUGUACAUGCACACUUGACUGAUGCCUGUCAUAUUUGAUCUACGGCAUCCGUACAGUGGUUGCAGCUUCCCAAAAUCGAGAGAAUAUGCAACAUAAAAUAUAUAGCUGUAGUGGUAAGCAGUACAAUGUAGAUUUUCU